CCGCUCCCAUCGGCGCAGAGGCAGCAACAGGACGCAAUGGCAAGCCAAGACAUCCAGCAGCUCAAGAACCUUCUCAUCAGCGACACGUCGGCCGAGGAGCGGGUCGAAGUCAACCAGCGGCAUCUCAUCGAUAAGAUUCUCGCCAGAUACUCGGCAGAGUUUACCAUCUUCAGAGAGCUCCUCCAAAACUCCAACGAUGCCGGUGCGACCGAGGCAGAAAUCCACUUUCGGACCCGAACGACCGAGGUCGUCCCAGAGAGCAAGCCGAAAUCCAUAUUCUCGUCGCUGUUUGCGGCCACGGCUUGGGGCGGCAGUCUCGCCGGCGGAAGGCAGCAGGAUCCGUCGCUGCUGGUCGAGGUCGAAACCAUCGAGUACAAGAACAACGGGCGGCCAUUUUCCGAUGCAGACUGGAAUCGCCUCAAGAAGAUUGCCGAGGGCAACCCAGACGAGCAGAAGAUUGGCUUCUUUGGCGUGGGCUUUUACAGCCUGUUUUCGAUUUGCGAGGAGCCUUUCAUCUCCUCGGGCGACGAAUGCAUGGCAUUCUUCUGGAAAGGCGACCAGCUGUUCACCAAGAAAGGCAAGGUGCCGGCAGAGUCGGUCUCGGCGCUGACAACGUUCCUGCUCAAUCUGCGCGAGCCCAUCGACGUCCCCAAUCUCGGCGACCUUGGGCGGUUCAUAGCAAACUCGCUGGCAUUCACGGAAAACCUCGGGAGCGUCUCGGUCCACAUCGACGCCGAUCUUGUGCUCAGCUUCCGGAAGCAUGCAGCUCCUCCGCGGCCGUUUGCGUUCUCGAGCAGUGUCUACAACCUCAAGUCGCCCAACCAAAUCUUUACUCUCCAGGAUGUCUCCAUCCGACCGGUGCAGCUGAACGUCGUGGCUUACACCGACUUUGACAAGUCUCGGUCCUGCCGCGGAACAGAGGUUCGAUAUGAUCUGUUCAUGCGCACGUCGACAGCUGUCUUUGGCGUCAAGCUGCCUGUACAGCUUGCCAAAGAGAUGGAGCGCACUACCAAGAAGCCGCCGCCAUCGACCACCAAGGUGCAUGUCCUGUACGCGAGCUACGACGAAUUCGUGAGCUCAUCCGGCGUCCGAGGCCAGAGCUCGAUGUUCGAGGAACUGGUGCCAUCGCCAUCUCAGCAGGGCCGCGUAUUCAUCGGAUUUCCAACCCACCAAACGACUGGCUGCUCGAUUCACAUGGGCGCCCACCUGAUUCCGACUGUGGAGCGCGAGAGUAUCGACUUUGUCGAUCGCACCCUGAACAUUUGGAACCAGGAGAUCCUGACCAUGUGCGGGUUGCUUGCCCGAUUGAUCUACGACGACGAAAUGGAUGCCAUCCACAAGAUGCAUUCGGAGUUGGGCCCGGACGGUCUGACUGCCGAGUCCCGAGAAUGGCUUUGGAACCGCAGCUCGCACGCCAUGUCGUCCUUUACGUUCCGAGCCUCAACACCUGCUGCUCUAGUCGGGACCAUCGGCAAAUCCUUUUUCUUCAAGAUGGCCAACAAGCCGCUCUCGAUCAUGACGUCUCAGGGCGUCCAGUCUGUGGCUCUGGCACGCCUGCCCGAUGCCAGCAUGGAGGCCUUCAUCAAGCAGACUCCUGUGGUCCCGCAAGCCAUCGUCCAGAGCUGCAGCGAAUUGUUCCGCCAGCUCAAGAAGGAUGGUACCAUUCGUGCCCUGUCGUUGGAUGAUGUCUUUGUCGAGGUUUCGAAGCGUGUCCUGGAGAUGAGCGAGGUUGCCGCGCUUCUUCGCUGGUGGCUGGGAUUCCGCCUCCAAAAUGCCGUGGAGAUGUAUGAAGUCGACCGGCUGCUCCAGCAAACUCGAUUUAUAGCCCCUGACGAUCAUGGGACCGCAAACGCUGCCUCGAGGGAGAUUCGGCUGUCGCAGAUCCAAAGCUUUGUCAAUGUCAAGGUGAUUCCGCCGGACAUGAAGUUUCCCUUGACGGCCCUGCCGAUCGAAAUCAGCAAGAGCUUCACCAAGAGCGAACUCGAAGCUGUGACACGGGGCUGGACCGAACUGAGCGUUGUCGAAUGGGCCAAGUUUAUCACCGCGGACCCUUUGUUCCAGGAGGAUGUCCACUUCGUCGAGAAGGUGUUGGCGGUGUUUAGUCGUGCGUUUGGCAACCUCACGGUACUGUCUCGCACCGAGUUGAUUUCUCUUCUGGCCCAAAAGAAAUGCGUCCCCACCAAUGCUGGCCUGCGCCUGCCCACCGAGAGCUACUUCAAGACGGUCACGCUCUUCGAGGACAUUCCAACAGUGAACUUGGCGAGCCCAAAGUCGGUCAGCGACACGUUUUUGAAGGUCAUUGGCGUCCGAGAGCAUGUCGAUCUGCAAAUUGUCUUUGAUCGGCUGAACGAUCUCAAGUGGGACCAUAUUCAGCUGGUCAAAUAUCUUGCGAGUGUGCAGACCAAGCUGCAGGAGAGCGAGUUGUAUCAGCUGCGCAUGACGCCUUUGUUUCCUCCAGAGAUGUCCGACGGCUCGAGUUCCUCCGAGAGAUACAAGGCCUCGGAACUGCAUGCGCCCAAUGACACCCUGAGAGGCUUUGGGCUCAAACUCAUCGAUUGGAAGGGAAAGUGGAAAGCCUCGACCGACGAGGCCAAGUUCCUGGCGCUCCUUGGACUGCGGACCUACAUCCAGCUGCCGGAGCUGAUCAGCUUGUGUGCGGCCUCGGAUGUUCCGAAGCGACAGGCGCUGCUGGUCUAUUUUCUAGAUCACUACAAGGCGCACUACAAAGAUCUCUACCGGGCUGGGUCGAUCACGACUCCGUUCCUCCCGAGCACCGACCCCACCAAGCUGUUUACGCCUGCCAACUGCUUUGCCGAGCCGGAGUGUGCCGUCAUGGGCUUUGCCAUCCUGUCGUCAGACCUGCGAGAGCACGCGGCCAAGUUUGGUGUUCAGCCCAACCCUUCGAGCCAAACUCUCGUGAGUCGGUUGGUGAGCCAUCCGCCGCCCCUGGACAGGGCCCGAGAGGUGUUUGCGUAUCUCUCUAGUCGCCAAUCUGAAUUCCUGAACGACCACUGGCGAGUGCUCCGGACAUCCAAGUUCAUUCCGGUACACGAGAGCAAAUCCUCGGUGCCGUACAGCUACUUUGAGCCCUCGAGCGUCUACUUUGGCAGCGACCAGAGCCAGUACCGGGAUCUGUUUGUGUUUGUUGAUUUCGGCACCCAGUCGAAUGCGUUCCUGCGAGCCUGUGGUGUCAAGGAUCAGCCAACACCGCUCGAACUAGCCCAGCAACUCGCACGCUCGCCCGAGAAGUUCCUCGAGAAAACAGGGUUCGAAGACUACCUAGCCAUGCUUCGGCAACUGGCGGCGCACUACCCAACUCUGAAGCAGAAUCGCACCCUCGUCCGAGAUAUGAAGAGCAGCGCCUUCCUGAUUGGCGUCGUCAAUGACGGACAGGCAACAGAUGAGACCGGCGAGUAUGGCAGCAGCGACAAGCUGAGAUACAAACUGACUCGGGCCGGGGAUGUCUACCUGAUCGACGAUACGGUUCUCGGCCAGAUCUUCAACCCUCUGUCUGCCCCGAUGGAGGCGAUUCUGGAGGAUAUGUAUCUCGACCUUGGCGCAAAGUGGCUCUCGAAACAGGUCACCGAGGCAACCCGACCCGUUGGCCAGUCCCGCAAGACCGCCAAGACCGAGGCGCUGCAGUCUCUCAUUCACGAGCGCGCACCGCUUCUGAUGUACGACGGGCAGCAGACCCGAUCCAGCAAGGACGUUGUCGAGGGCGCCGAGAAGGUGCUAAAACAGCUGCAGGUGAUGGAAGUCUCUGAGAUCGAGAUCACCCGGACGUUCAACAAGGAAACCCGGAUCCAGAAAACAACAGCGUGCCUGCUGCUGGAUCGCCUGUGGAGCACGCCGUACCUCUUCAUUGCCGGAGAGUACGACUACUUUGAUGUUGCAAGCUCCCUGGGCAAGGUGCUGUUCCGUCAGUGCCGGCUGAACGACUCGCUCUUGCUGUCGACCCUGCUGUCCACCUCUCUGGUCAACCUCAAGCGCAAGGGAUUCCCCGUCGACCGCAUCCUCAAUCUCACCGCCAGCAAGCUGAAGCAGGCCGUCCCUGCACCCCCACCCAAACCUGUCGAGCAGAAAGCCGCCCAGCAAGCGUCCAUGUCGCCCGCCCGCGAGGCAAGCGCAUCUACCGGGCCCAAGCCCGCGCCACCUCCUCACUCAACCAACUCCUCUCCCCCGACCAACGGUCCCACCGACGCAUCAAUGGGCACGAUGCUUAGCCAGCUUUCGGCCAUCUUCCCGGACGCCGAUCUCGAAUAUUUGCGCCAAGAACUGGCCAAGCACACCCGCGACCAAGUCGAGACCGUCAGUAACCAUAUGAUGGACCAUGACUAUCCGAAGCGGCCUCCAAAGAGCAGCCAAUCAUCAACAAAGUCGCUCUCGGACCAGACUAUAGGCUCGACUCUGCAAGAGCAGGAUGAGGUCGAGGAUCGCGACAGCAAGACCAGGCACGAGGCCUCCGCCAGCCACAGUAACAGCAAGCCGAGCGGACCGAGCGGCUUCAUCGACCAGACCCUCAGCAACAUCAUGAAUGAGGAGGUCUAUGGGCGAUGGCGCGGUCUGGCCGAUCAACUGUGGGGUGGCAGAGGGCCGGUGGGACCUCAAUCGGCAAAGAAGCCCGCGACUGCAUCGACCGGAGGAUACGAGUCCGAGGAAGCUCCUCCCGGGACAACCGGCACCGUUGCGCAGCCGCCCCCGGGCUUCCAGGGGCAAUCUCAGCCAGGGCAUCAGCAUGCGGUUGCCGAAAUCAACCCAACGUUCACUUCCAACCUGAAGGGCCAUCUGGAGCGGUCGAUCGGGUCGCUGCAGUCACAGCCCGAGUCUGAAUCUGAAUUCCGGGCGACGAUUCCGAACGACCCGCCGGCGGUAGCAAGCGCACAGGCGGCGAACCAUUGCCGGAUCCUCUCCGACGGCGAGCUGAUCCGGGUGAGCAACAUCCGCAACAUUGCCGUCUAUGUCGACAAGGCGCAGCAGGACCAAGGACUGGCGAUGCUUGCCCAGUCGCACGGCGCCCUCGACCAGUUUGCGGAUCUGCUGCUCCGGCUCGGCCAAGUCUUCAAGAUGAAUCCUCGGUCGGUGACGAUCUACUGGGAUCCGCAGGGCAACACCGUCGCCUUCAACCGCCGCCGAACCCUGUUCUUCAACUUCCGGUUCUACCUCGGCCUGCACUAUCCACUCGUGCGCCGGGGCGACUCAAAGGCUCAGCGCCAUCCAGACGAAGUGUACUACUACUGGUUCAUGGUGACCUGCCACGAGCUGGCCCACAACUUUGUCAGCGAGCACAACAGCGAGCACGAAUUUUACUUUUCGAGCUUUGCAGAGAACUACCUCAAGGAUCUGAUUGGCGUCCUCAAGCAAGACGGAGUGGUCUGAGUCCGGUGCCAGCCCCAGUCCCAGUCGGACUUUACUUGGCUUGAAUGUGAUUCAAAUAAAAGAGGAUGAUCUAUUGA